ACAGCAAUGGAGACAGAUGGGAUUCGUCUGAGUGGGCUACACCCAAAGUUCCUGCAUUCCAACUCCACCAGCCAUACGUGGCCAUUCAGUGCUGUCGCUGAACUUAUAGAUAAUGCAUAUGAUCCUGAUGUUAAUGCCAAGCAAAUAUGGAUUGACCAAACGGACUUCAAAGACAAUAUAUGUCUGACAUUUACAGAUAAUGGAAAUGGCAUGAAUCAGGAUAAGUUGUAUAAGAUGCUCAGCUUCGGUUUCAGUGAUAAAGUUGCCGUACACGGCCAUGUUCCCAUCGGACUUUACGGAAAUGGGUUUAAGUCAGGAUCCAUGCGGCUGGGGAAAGAUGCCAUUGUGUUCACCAAAAAUGAGUCUGGCAUGCACGUGGGCAUGUUAUCCCAAACUUACUUGGAGAAAAUCAAUGUGGAGAAGGUCCUGGUCCCGAUCAUUUCGUUCAACAAGCAAAAGCAGCUUGUACAGAAACCUGACUUGGAUGCAAAUGUAAAGGCAAUAACCACUUACUCUCUGAUGAACAGUGAGACAGAGCUCUUAGCUGAACUGGAAGCCAUUCCCGGCCGGAAGGGAACGAGGAUCAUUAUCUGGAACCUGAAAAGGGACAAACGUGGGUACCCAGAUUUUAACUUUAAACAUGAUGAAUAUGACAUCCGUAUUCCUGAAAAGAACAGUGAUCAGAAGAGGGGCAAUAAAAAGCAGGAAACCGUGGACUAUGUUGCCCCUGACAAUGAAUAUUCUUUGAGAGCUUAUUGUAGCAUUCUGUAUCUGAAACCAAGGAUACAGAUUAUUUUGAGAAAACAAAAGGUUAAAACACAGCUGGUUGAUAAAAACCUUGCGUACAUAGAAAAAGAUGUCUACAAGCCCCAGUUUUUGGCACCUAAAACCAUAAAUAUCACAUUUGGAUAUAACUGCCGGAACAAGGAGCAUUAUGGAGUGAUGAUGUACCAUAAAAACAGGCUCAUUAAGGCUUAUGAAAAAGUUGGCUGCCAAUCAAAGGCUAAUAACAAAGGCGUUGGUGUUGUUGGAGUUGUCGAGUGCAACUUUCUAAAUCCCAUACACAAUAAGCAGGACUUUGAACAUACAGAUGAGUAUAGGCUCACAAUGGAUGCAUUAGGAGUGAAACUAAAUGAUUACUGGAAUACAAUGCAAGAAAGAAAAGGAAAGAAAUCUGACCCUCAAAGCCCGCUGGAAGAACAGAAUAGCCCUGACCAGACAUGGGUUCAGUGUAAUUCUUGUCUUAAAUGGAGGAAAGUGCCGGAUGGAGUGAAAAUAUCAGAAGAUGAUGCUUGGGACUGCAGUAUGAACACAGACCCACGGUUCAGAGAUUGUUCUGUGCCUGAGGAGCCUGGGGCUAAUGAUGAUCCUGUUACCCACUGCACAUAUGAGAAGACCCCCAAGAAAAGGAGAUCUGAACGAGUUAAACAGAUGGCAGCAGAUAAACCUCCAUCACCCCGCACCCCACGCAAUGGGGAAACGCAGCCGUCUGUGAGUUCGGGUCAGAGGGAUCUUGAGCCAAAUCAGAGUCAGGAGACAGAUAGCAACAAAAGAGAUAUUUCUGAGCUUGAGGAGCCUGAAAAUAAUGUUGACAGUGUCCACUCCACAAACGAAAAGACCCAUAAGAGAAGGAGAUCUGAACAAGUUAAACAGACGGCAGCAGAUAAACCUCCAUCACCCCGCACCCCACGCAAUGGGGAAACGCAGCCGUCUGUGAGUUCGGGUCAGAGGGAUCUUGAGCCAAAUCAGAGUCAGGAGACCAAUAGCAACAAAAGAGAUAUUUCUGAGCUUGAGGAGCCUGAAAAUAAUGUUGACAGUGACCACUCCACAAAUGAAAAGACCCAUAAGAAAAGGAAAUCUGAACGGCUUCAGCAGAUGACAGCAGAUAUACCUCCAAUACCGUGCACACCACAGAGUAAGGAAAUGCAGCCAUCUCUGAGUUCAGGUCAGAGGGAUUUGGAGCCAGAUCGGAAUCAGGAGACUGAUAUUAACAAAAGAGAUCGUUCUGUUCCUGAGGAGCCUGAAGCUGAUGAUGAUGAUGAUGAUGACAUUUCUGAUGAGAGAACCCAGAAAAGAAGGAAAACUAAAAGAAUUCAGCAGAUUGCACCAAAUAAACCUACAGUUCCACAAAAUGAGGAUAUGCAGCUACAGCUCAGUUCAGAUGAAAGACUUUCUGAGCCAAAUCAGAGUCUGGAAACUGGUAUCAACAAAAGCCUCAAGUUACGAUCUCUGCAGAAAAUCGUGAUGUAUUUGCUGACCACAUUGAUGCCCGACCUGCAACUGUCUACAUGAUUGAGAAAAUGUUAAUAUUACAAAAUUGCAAUUUGUGUAUUUUACCUCAAUGUCUGUAUUAUGUUAUUAGUUUGCUUUAUUUCUUUUCCCUAUUUCUUUAGAAUAACGUAACAUGCCAAAAAAAGAAAAGAAAAUGAUUAGGAGAAAGUUUAUGUUUUUGUAAAGAUCUAGAAGUAGUAGUUAAUGGGAGAGAUGCUUUAACAGAACUAACAUGAAAGCUGGAAAUACUAUAUGGCCAAUGCAGUGAUAAAUGUGCUGUGGCACGUACCUUUUCUACUGGAUGUGGCUGAAAAGCCCAUCAGAACAUAUGCUUUAGAGUACUGUGAUGUGUUAGUUGACUGGCUGACUUUUUGGGGAUUUUUGUCAGACACAUGAAUGUUGAUAACUUUACAAGUACUGAAGCAACACAGUUUGUAGCAGCUGUGCAACACUAAAAAUGGUCCUUUAAAAUUUAACCUUUUUCAACUGCAUUCACAAUCAGUGCCCAUGUUGCCUCCCUCAUGUUUGAUCACUAGAACAUUGUACAGCACAGUACUGCAGGCAAGUUAGGGUACAUUUACUAAGGAUUGGGUUUAGGGAGACCUCCCCAAGCCUUCAUUAAAAUCCACCUAUGUAUAUGGACUCUUUCCAGGUAUCUCAGAUCCCUGAGCCUCACCACUUGAGUUCCUAUACUGGUGGCAUUGACACUAUAGGGUACUAUCCCUCACUGUCCUUGUUGAAGCCUUUGGCUGCUCUAAUAACUACCCUGAUCCUGCCUCUCACUCCUAGAGUGAUCUGUUACAAAUCUUCUAACACUUACUCCUCUUGCUGGGGCCGGUCAUCCUGGCUCUCUACCACACCACCUCUUCCAGCUAGUGGGGAACCAAAACAGGACUUAAUGGUUUUCUCUUUUAUCACUAGAGAACCAUGAUACCCACUGGGCAGGUGCUGGACUCCCAGGCAAUCACUUUUUACCCAUAAUUAAAAAACAACUCCCCCUCUCAACUGUAAAUCAGAAACAUUUCUUAGCUGCCCACAAUCCUCCUGGGAACUACAUGAAAUAAAAGUUGACAAAACCUUUAUGCCCGCCCAACAGGAUAUGUACAAUGCAGCCAGGCUUUCUACUCACUCCUAUACAGACACUGGUUCUAUUUUCAGUUGUAACUGAGACCCUAUCAUUUGCUUGUUCUCAAUUCACCCUGUUGGCUUGGCUCGGGCACAAGGAUCAUUUGUAUCCAAAAUCUAAAAUGUAACAAUGUUAUUCUUGUAAUGAUACUACAUGUUAGUGGGGUAUUUUAGAAUACACACACACAUACAGUGUAUAUAUAUAUAUA